GCUGUCCGCCUUGCUCCAUUGCUUCGCCCCUGGCUUUUGGCCAGUGGGCUCGUCCUAAGGGGUCGAAGGCGAGACGCGCGCACUCGCGGCCGGCAUUCAGUGGAGCUGCGGCUUCUCCCCACCGAGCUAACAGGAGCUAGAGAUGCUAUUAGGCUGCCAUUUUAUCAAACGUGAGGAGUCAGCCCAGAGAUGGAAAACUUCAUUCUGUAUGAAGAGAUUGGCAGAGGAGGCAAGACAGUUGUCUACAAAGGGCGACGGAAGGGAACGAUCAAUUUUGUAGCUGUUCUCUGUACUGAUAAGUGCAAGAGGCCUGAAAUAACCAACUGGGUUCGUCUCACCCAUGAAAUUAAACACAAGAAUAUUGUAACUUUUCAUGAAUGGUAUGAAACCAGUAAUCAUCUCUGGCUAGUCGUGGAACUCUGCACAGGUGGUUCCUUAGAAAUGGUUAUUGCUCAAGACGAAAACCUCCCAGAAGAUGUUGUAAGAGAAUUUGGGAUUGACCUGAUUACUGGAUUACAUCAUCUUCAUCAACUUGGCAUUCUCUUUUGUGACAUUUCUCCUGGGAAGAUACUCUUGGAGGGGCCUGGCACACUGAAGUUUAGUAAUUUUUGCUUGGCCAAAGUGGAAGGUGAAAAUUUGGAAGACUUCUUUGCAUUGGUGGCAGCAGAAGAAGGAGGAGGUGAUAGUGGGGAAAAUGUACCGAAGAAAAACAUGAAAAGUAGAGUCAAAGGAUCUCCUAUCUAUACAGCUCCAGAAAUUGUGAGGGGUACUGACUUCUCCAUUACCAGUGACCUCUGGUCCUUGGGCUGCCUGCUCUAUGAAAUGUUUUCAGGAAAACCUCCGUUCUUCUCAGAAAGUUUCUCAGAAUUAGUUGAAAAGAUUUUUUAUGAAGAUCCUUUGCCACCUAUUCCAAAAGAUUCUUCUCGUCCUAAAGCUUCUUCAGAUUUUAUUAAUUUGCUUGAUGGUUUACUUCAAAAAGAUCCUCAGAAAAGAUUAACUUGGGCAGAACUACUGCAGCAUUCAUUUUGGAAGGAUGCUUUCACUAGAAAAGAUCAGGACUCAAGCAACGAGGAUUCCAGUGUCAGCAGAAACCUGGAGUAUUCUGGGUCCCAAGAUUCCAAGGAGCUUCUGAAGAGCCCUCAUUGUGGACAAGCGAAAGGGGAGAAGAGUGGUCAGCAGCUCAGUCACUCCUUCAGACUAGAAAAUCCAUCUGAGUUGCGGCCUAAGAGCACCCUUGGGGGUCAAUUGAAUGAGUCCAUGUUUCUUCUCAGUUCUCGUCCUACUCCAAGAACUAGCACUGCAGUGGCAUUAAAUCCUGGUGAGGCUAUGACUCAAAAUUCACCACAGAAGACUUCUCCCUUGACCAAAAUUACAAGUGGACACCUGAGUCAGCAGGAGCUGGAGUCCCGGAUGAGAGAGCUUAUCUACACAGACUCAGAUCUUGUCAUCACCCCAAUUAUUGACAAUCCGAAGAUAAUGAAACAACCACCAAUUAAAUAUGAUCCAAAAAUAUUGCAUCUACCAGCACAUUCAGUGGAUAAAUUAGUACUUCUAAAAGACCAAGAUUGGAAUGACUUUUUGCAACAAGUGUGCUCACAGAUCGACUCCCCGGAGAAGAGCACAGGGGCCUCCCGAGCCAAACUGAAUCUCCUUUGCUACUUGUGCGUGGUGGCCGGGCACAGGGAGGUGGCCACCAGGCUCCUCCACUCACCCCUGUUCCAGUUGCUAACCCAGCAUUUGCGAAUAGCUCCAAACUGGGAUAGAAGGGCCAAGGUAGCUCGGUUGAUUGGUUUACUGGCCUCGCACACAACGGAGCUCCAGGAAAAUACACCUGUUAUUGAGGCAGUUACUCUCUUAACCGAAUUAAUUAGGGAAAACUUCAGGAACAGCAAAUUAAAACAGUGCCUUUUACCAACCCUGGGGGAGCUGAUCUAUCUUAUAGCCACCCAGGAAGAAAAAAAAAAGAAGCCCCGAGAAUGCUGGGCUGUUCCCUCGGCUGCAUACACGGUGCUAAUGAGGUGCCUUCGGGAAGGGGAAGAACGUGUUGUGAAUCACAUGGCAGCAAAGAUUAUUGAAAAUGUCUGCACUACCUUUUCUGCUCAGGCCCAGGGCUUUAUUACAGGAGAAACUGGGCCUGUUUUAUGGUACCUAUUCAAACAUUCUACCGUUGAUUCUCUUAGGAUAACUGCAAUAUCGGCCUUGUGUAGAAUCACUCGCCAUUCUCCUACUGCCUUCCAGAAUGUUAUUGAGAAGGUGGGACUGACCUCAGUAAUAAACUCCCUGGCCUCUACCAUCUGCAGAGUCCAGCAGUACAUGUUGACCUUAUUCAGUGCUAUGCUGUCCUGUGGGAUUCAUCUUCAGAGACUAAUCCAAGAAAAGGAUUUUGUCUCUACAAUUAUCCGUUUACUGGACAGCCCCUCGACAUCCAUCAGAGCAAAAUCCUUCCUGGUUCUUCUGUAUAUUUUGAUUCAUAACCACGAGAUGCUGCUGCUCAGCUGCCAAGCACGACUGGUGAUGUACAUCGAGAGAGACAGCAGAAAGACCACUCCAGGCAAGGAACAGCAAAGCGGCAAUGAGUACCUGUCCAAAUGCCUGGACCUGCUCAUCUGUCACAUCGUGCAGGAACUGCCACGAAUCCUGGGUGACAUUCUGAACGCCUUGGCUAACGUUUCUGGUCGUAAACACCCAUCCACAGUUCAAGCGAAGCAGCUGAAGAUGUGUCUCCCCCUCAUGCCUAUAGUGCUUCACCUUGUAACGUCUCAGGUAUUUCGACCUCAAGUUGUAACAGAAGAGUUCCUUUUCAGUUACGGAACUAUUCUUAGUCAUAUUAAAUCAGUAGACUCAGGAGAAACUAACAUAGAUGGAGCCAUAGGACUGAUGGCAUCAGAAGAAUUUAUCAGGAUCACCCUGUCGACUUUUGAAGCAGUGAUACAGUAUCCUGUUUUAUUGAAAGACUAUUGCUCUACGGUGGUUGAUUAUAUCCUGCCACCCUUGGUCUCCUUGGUUCAAAGCGGGAAUGUGGAGUGGAGACUCUUCAGCUUGCGGCUGCUCUCAGAAACCACAUCUCUGCUCGUGAACCAGGAGGUUGGUGGUGGCAAGGAGGCGAAUGUCGAUUCUGACAGCAAUCUUCUGGCUCUCAUUAGAGAUGUCUUACUUCCCCAGUACGAGCACAUCCUCACGGAGCCUGACCCUGUACCAGCAUAUGCUCUGAAGCUGCUAGUUGCCAUGACUGAACACAACCCAACUUUUACCAGACUUGUGGAAGAAAGCAAACUGAUCCCACGCAUUUUUGAUGUAAUUCUGGAACAUCAGGCGAACAUUCUGGGUAACACCAUGCAAAGUGUGGUUGCAUUGCUCAACAAUCUGGUCACCUGCAAAGAUUUGAAUGUGAAGCUACUUUAUGAACAAGGACUGGUCCAUCACGUCUGUAACCUGUUCACUGAAACUGCCACACUGUGCUUGGAUGUGGACAAUAAAAACAACAACGAGAUGGCAGCCGCCUUGCUAUUUUCCCUGCUUGAUAUUUUGCACAGCAUGCUGACCUAUACCUCCGGGGUCGUGCGACUGGCUCUGCAGGCACAGAAGUCCGGCUCUGGAGGGAGCACUCAGGCCGCAGAAGACCUGCUGCUACUCGGCAAGCCUCUGACAGACCUUAUCAGCCUGCUCAUCCCGCUGCUUCCUAAUGAGGAUCCUGAAAUUUUUGAAGUUUCAUCCAAGUGUCUGUCUAUACUGGUUCAGUUGUAUGGAGGAGAAAACCCAGACAGCCUGUCUCCUGAAAAUGCAGAGAAUUUUGCUGAUUUACUGACAUCCAAAGAGGACCCGAAGGAGCAGAAGCUUCUGUUGAGGAUUCUCAGAAGAAUGAUCACCUCCAAUGAGAAGCACCUGGAGAGCCUCAAGAAUUCGGGCAGCCUCCUGCGGGCUCUGGAGUGGCUGGCCCCGGCUGGGGGUUCGUCGGCCAACAGUGCAGUGGCUUCCUUGGCCCUGGAGAUCCUCCAAGCUGCUGGACACUAGGCGAGAAGGCAUUCAGCACGAGCCCACUCUGCGGCACCCACCCUCAGCUACACACUUUCACCACAUGGCACCUACAGCUCCAUUUGGAUCUAAUAAAGUCAGCUGAACCCAGAACCUCUGGCUGAGAUGAUCUAACUCCAGACCCUAGAAAACCUACUCAGAAUGGACCUCCUCGGUGCAUGUGGGAUGCAUCUGGGAACCCCAGGGAUGAAGUGAUUCCAAGAAUCUUGGGGAGAACUGGGCAAGACCGCAC